AUGGAGUUUGGAUAUUGUAAGCCUAAAGCAGCAGUCAGCAAUACUCUAACCAUUCUUGCUCUGGUUCUCUUUUGUGUCUUUGCUGCUGCAAAAGAUGAAGCAAAUGUGCUCAGUUUUCAAGCAGAGAGAGACCUAAUACCUGUUGGUCGACCUAUGAGCUAUAGCUGCAAAGUGAAGGGACGUGCAGUGUGGGAGUUUGGUACUUAUUACUUCAACACAGCCUCCAGCGACUUUGUGGGAAAUAGAAGCAAUAUCAUUGAAGGAGUGAACAUAACUGACUUUACUGAUGCAAGUUCCCCUACUUCCCCUGGAAAUCUGAGAGUGGUGUCAGAGAGGCAGAAAGAGGUCACUCUGAUGUGGGAACCUUCGUUCUUGGCAUUCAACAUCUCCCCUCAGUACAAAGUGUAUGUGGAUGGUGUCAUCAAAGCUACGACGGAACAAAAUUAUUUUGUGUUCUCAAAACUGGAGCACUCGUGUGAUUCUCAUCAGAUACGAGUGGAAGCGUACAAUGAAGUCGGCAGUAACACCUCUGAGCACAUCGAAGUGGUCUUACCUGCAGUUCCUGAGGUGGGUGCACUGAGUGACAGCAUCUCUACCGAUAUUACAAAGAGUGGUGCUCAAGUUCAAUUCACAGUGUCCUUUAACCAAGCCGUGUCAUGUCCCGCUCACCCGGUAACCAACUACACGGUGACGCUCACCUCAAGUAUGUCUACCCCUAUCACUCGGACAGUGGCCAUACCCCCUGAAGACAGCGUCUCUAUCACAGUGGGGGGUCUGAAUGACAACACACUCUACACUUACCAGGUGCACGCAAACAAUGUCAUUGGAAGUGCCUCCACAGCAAUGAAAACAUUCUAUACUACUGAUGUGCGCCGUGCCACUGCCAUAGAGAUGAAUAAUGACACACUGUUUCUGCACUGUGAGUUUUUGCUGGGGUCAAACGCACUUGGCUGUCAGCUGAACAAAUGGCUCCUUCUGAACGAUAGUGUCUGCACUAACCUUGGAACUUGA